AUGCGUUCAACGAAACGUAAUUUUGAAUGAAGUGUCACUUGGUGAAUGAAGUGUGUAGUGAUUCGUGAAUGGCGGGAUAUUUGUUUGGUUUGGUUCCGUUGUUGUCUUGUUGUUAUUGAAUAUUGCUAGUUUUAUUGAUUUUUCAUAAAUUAUUUGUAUCGUUGCACAAUAUAAGAAAUAGUGUUGUAUAAAUAUAAGUAGAGAGUGAAAUUUUUAAUCUGGCUGCUUAUGAAGGAGGCGUACAUCUUCUGCAGAGCCUCAUAUUUUAUUUCUACAAGCACGCUUCACACAAUGUCACUAACUGAGAGCAAAGUAGCCAAAUUAACAGAGUAUAUAGACACAAAUUACUUAUCUGGCGACAGUAAUGGAAUGAAAUAUAAACUUAAACAGUUUUACCAGGAAGAGAACAACAACACAUACAGAAAACAAGAAUGUUCUCAAGGCAACCCUUAUGAGGAAAACAACAAUGAGAUAGAUGAAAUCACGAAAGAGUUUUCGGAGAUGGGCUGCAUCGUGGACGCGGUGAAACGACCGCCCAAUAUAUGCAUUGAGACUUGUGUGUACGAGGAACCAGAGUCAGAUGACGAGCAUGACAGGUCACAAAGAUCACAAAACAAUGAUGAAGACGACGUCCACUAUUCAGAUGAAUUCGAGGAAGCAGAUCUCAGUGACAUUGAGUUAGAAAAGCCUAAGAGCCAAGCCAUUGUGAGCAACGGUAACAGUAAAACACAGGUCAAUAAGACACUGUCAAAAUCCUCUGUCAAACUGUCAAAGAGCCAGUCUUGCAUGUCGCAGUGUGCUAGUCAAAAACCAGGGUCAGUUUCUGGCAGAUCUACGGAUUAUGGGUCAGUAUCAGUGCCAAAAACUCGCCGUAUAAACAUGUCAUUCCCAAACGAUAGAUUACGAGAGAUAGAGAGGCACAAUCACAUACUGUUGAAUAAAAUCCUAAGCGCGCGAAACAAACGUAAGUCUUCCAUACCGCCGCCCCGUGAUGACCGACCGAAGAAGCCCCUACCACCCGCCGCUGUGCAAAGGCGAAACCUACAGAGGAAGAUAGACCAUGAUAAUCUGAUCCUUUUGAAGAAGAUCCAACGCGCCAAGUCGUCCGCGUGCAGCAUCCGCCGUUGAUACACGAGCCGCGUCCGCUGCGCGGGCGCAUGUUCCUACUUGUUACACAUAUUUUAUAUCGCUAUUAAACUUAUAUUACUAA